UAAGACAAACUACAAAAUAAACUUCCCGGGAUUUGUUUGUAUCAAUUACAGUAAAGUACCCGUUAUUAAUCAUUUAUUGGUGAAGGGGAUAGAUAUGACCCAGUGGAUGUGUGAUGGAUGUACCUUUUUGAAUGAACAUUGGAGAAAUAAGUGUAAAGUGUGUAAGAGUUUAAAGAGUAAAGAUGAUUAUGGGGCUUCUGGUGGUGGAAAAGAAUCUGAAGACAGCUCAGGAUCGUACAAAGAGAAAGAUUGGACUUGCCCUAAAUGUACAUUUAUCAACCAAUCAACGAGUAACAAAUGUGGAGUGUGCCGGUCCACGCAAGAGGCCGGAUGUCAUCCAGUGGAGAAACAGUCUAGCAACAACAACAAAUACUCGCCAGUCGGCGUAGAAGAUAAUGAAAUUCGAAUAGUACUUAUCGGAAGAACAGGAACUGGAAAAAGUGCAACAGGAAAUAAUCUUUUAGGUCACGAUCAUUUCCGAUCCCUUACUUCCGGUUCUUCGGUAACCGAAAAAUGUAAACGCGGAGAAUCAAAACGGAAAGGAAAAAAAGUAGUUAUUGUUGAUACACCGGGUUUAUUCGAUACAGGAGCGACGAAUGAAACUGUUACCAAGGAGAUAAUUAAAUGUAUCGGGAUGACGUCACCUGGACCUCACGCAAUGGUCCUUGUUGUUAGUGUUGGUAGAUUUACUAAGGAAGAACAAGACACAGUCAAACAUUUUGUAGACCAUUUCGGAGCAGGUGUUGUUGACCACAUGAUUGUACUUUUCACCAGAAAGGAUGACCUUUCAAAAUCGAAUCAAACGAUUGGCCAAUAUGUUAAAACAGUUCCGAGUAAUCUUAAAACUAUACUGAGUCAGUGCGGAAAUAGAUUCAUUGCGUUCAACAAUGACGCGGUUGGACAGUCAAAUACAGAUCAAGUUGAUGACUUUUAUAAAAUGGUGGAGUCGAUGUGCAAUGACAAUGGCGGCUCUUGUUAUACAAACGAAUUAUACAAAGAAGCAGAAUCUGCACUUCAGAGGAGGAUGCGUAUAGAAAGGAAAAGACUUGAAGAGCAAAAGGAGAAAGAAAAAGAUAAGAUAAAAAAUGAAGUACAAUCUAAAUAUCAAAGGAAACUUGACCAUGAAAAAAAGGCGAAAAGUAAAUUAGAAGAAGAUUUAAAAUCCAAGAAAAUACAAUCUGAUAAAGACAGAGAAAAUUUACAGAAGCAACUCAAAGAAGCAAGCAAAAGAAUGAAACGGGAGUUAGGGAAGAAAGACAAGGAGUUACGGGAGCAAAUAAAGAAAACGGAAGAUGAAUUCAAACAAAAAAUGACCGAAGAUGCGCUAAAAACCAAUCAAAGAAAUAACGUUGAAAAUGAAAAAGGAGAUUUUUUUUCUGAUCUUAUGGGAGGAUUGGUUACUGCUGGCAAAAAACUUUUAAAAUUAUUUUUUUAAAACGGUUGAAAACAUAAAAGGAAUGAAAGUUGAAAUCCAGAUUGAAUAAAAGUUGUACUUGG